CAUCUUCUUUUUUCGUUUUUUCUUGUUGCUAAUGGCGGCAGCUUCGGUUGCAGCAACAAAGGGGAGUUUUCUUGGCAGAUCGAUCAAGCAGCAGCAGUGGGAAGUUAAUCACAGCCCCCACAAAAAAGUUAGUAUAUUUCUUCUGGCACAGGAUAGAAAGGAUGAAACUCCUCCCGGCGAGGGGAGUGAACAGAAGCAGGAAAAGACAUCGCUUCUAACUAGCAUCACCGACGCGCUGGAUUUCUCUCAGGCAAGGUCGGAGAGGGACGCUGAUUUGAUCGACGACGCUCGUCAGGCUACAAAGUCGGGCGAGAAAAUGUCCCGAGAGCAAUACGCAGCUCUGAGGCGGAAGAUCGGUGGCACCUACAAGGAUUUCUUCAAAGAAUCAAUCGAUGUGAAGGGUGCGUACGUUGAAACUGGAUGGGUGGACAAGCGAUGCAAAGUUUGUGGCAAGGACACAUCAAAAGAGCCACGCUCCAAAGAUAAGCUCGGGAGGUACGCUCACGUAGAGUGCUUGGAAUCAAACUCUUCCACUAGUUUCUUUGGUCGCCUAUUUGGGAGGUGAUCAUUUCAUGUAAUAUCCUUCUAUUUCCACUUUCACCAUCUAAACUAGGAUAAACUCUUACCUC